AUGCCGUCUUCUGAGCCAAGUCGACCACGAACUCGCGGCCGAGUUCCGUCUGCGCUGUUGGCAUUGCUUUUUGGCGCCGUCGUCUAUCUCAACAUCGGGCUUGUCACAGACGAAAAGAACGUCAACACUUCCUUGGCACAUCAAUCCGAAUUCAACUGGAACAAAGUCGAACCCACGCACGACCUCCAAUGGGUGCCCUGCUACUCGGACCAGCAGUGCGCGCGUCUUCUGCUUCCUCUCGAUCAUGACAUCCCCGACGGACCGACGACCGCCAUCGCCAUCCGCAUGAUCCCCGCCACGGACAAGGAGAACUACAGAGGGACUCGUUCCGGGAAGGACAUUUCUCGCGUCUUGGGCCCGGCGUACGAUGUGCUCUCGUUCGACCCUCGCGGCAUCGGUUACACGACCCCUCUCGCAAGCUGCUUCGACUCCAAGUCGCAGCGUGAUAUCUGGAAGACGCAAGAGGGCCACAUGCUUCUCAACUUCACCGAUGCAUCACUCGCGACCUACCGUUCCCGCGCGGAAGCGCUCGGACAGCGUUGUGCUGUGAAGCUCGGCGGCGAGUGGGGCAUUGGACGGUUCGCAGGCACGGCGUACGUCGCGCGCGACAUGCUCGAGAUGACUAAGAUUCUCGGGCAGGAACAGUUGCAAUACUGGGGCUUCAGCUACGGCACCGCGCUGGGACAGUACUUUGCGGCGAUGUACCCGGAGAACGUGAAGCGGAUCAUCCUCGAUGGCGUGAUCGACGGCCACAGCUACCGCCGCGCGCGCUACGAGACCGACAUCGAAGACGUCCAGAACGUCGCAGACACCUUCUUCGCCUUCUGCCACGCCGCGGGCGCGGACAAGUGCGUGCUCUACGAGAGCACGCCCGCCAAGAUUCGCGACCGGUUCUAUGCCAUCCUGGACGCCGUGACCGCCUCGCCUGUCGCCAUCCCCCUCGCGGAACCGCCGCUCGUCGUCACGCGCAAAGCACUCGCCGAGCAGCUGUUCGAGGCGACCUACCGCCCGAUCUACACCUUCCCCGUCGUCGCCGCGACCUACCACGCGCUCGAGACCGGAAACGCCACCGCGCUCCGCGCCCUCGCGCCCUCGAUCGUCUCCCCGACCGCGUGCGCGUGCGCAGAGGCGGGCCCGCACGCGGCGGUGGCGAACGAGGCGCGCUGGGCGGUGGAGAGGCUGACGGCGCCGGUCGCGGCGGAGCGCACGGCGCACCCACUGCUGCUGCUGUCGAACAGGUUCGACCCGGUCACGCCGCUCGCGCAGGCGAGGAGGACGGGGCGCGGUUGGGGGCGCGGGGCUGUUGGUGCAGGAGAGCGCGGGCACUGUUCGACGAGCAGCCCGUCGGUGUGCACGGCGAAGGUGGGGGUGCUGCCGGAGGAAGGGGCGACGUGCGAGGUGGAUGUGCUUCCAUUCGUGGGAGAACGAGAUGGAGGAACGAACGGAUUCUCGGAGGAAGACAGAGAGUUGGCCGAGGCGUGA